UGUUGCGCCAAGUGUCUCCGGUUGCACUGGAUAGUCAGUGAAACACGGUUUAGUUGACAUGCUCAGCAUAACUAUGUCAAAGUUGUCCGUGAAAGAACAGAGUGGCUGUAAAAAACUGUUGAAAUUGUUAUCUGAAGAGGACUUGUUGGCUCUUAAAGAUACAGUAACGAAUCGACUGAUUGAUGUCGUUAGUGCAGAAGAGGCCAUUGACGCCAUAAUAAUUUACUCUCAAGAUGCAGAAGAACUCCUGAAGAGAAAGAAGGUCCAACGUGAUCUCAUUUUUAAGUAUCUUGCCAGCGAGGGGGUUGUCAUUCUUCCUAACCCUGAAAAACAUCAGUUAAUCAGAAGGACCCUUGAGUUUUGGUCAUCUGGGGAGAUGGUUGAGAACACUGUUUCUUCACGUGAGAUUGGAGAUGGAUUAUCAGACCUUACAGCUUUGGGUAAGCAGUUUUGUCAGUGGUUCUUCAGCCUUCUCAACUCUCAGAACCCCACACAUGGGCAGGUGUUACAGGAGUGGGGUCCUCAGCAUUUCUGGCCUGAUGUAAGACUAAACCUUCUCUUAUGCACUGGAGAGCAGCGUGUAGAUGAGUUUAAUGGCGCAGAGCUGGUUAGUCAGCGGCUUUACGCUCUUGUUGGACAAGAACGUCUGUCCUUCUGUCCAAACCUGGAGGGAUUUGGAUUAAAAUGUAUUUCUUCAUCUCAUGGAUUGGUGUUAGUGGCAGUAGCAGGAACCAUCCACCGUGACAAUGCCUUUCUUGGAAUUUUUGACCAAGUGUUUGGGCUUAUUCGAUCACCACAGGACAAUAAUCACUGGAAGAUAAAGUUUGUAAAUGUGAAAGUAAAAUCACAAAGUGACUUUUCUGAAAGACAGUUACCAAUAAUUACAUACAACUCGAGUGAGUUGCUGAGACUUUGUGAAUGAAAGUGACAGGACAGCAAGUGAUCUGUGUGGUCAGUUUUUUUUACAUCUCUAGCAAGAAGAUGCACCAUUCAUUCAAACGGUCAUAGCAAAUGUUCUGUUUUAUGCAAAUAACAAUAUUAUGGACUGCUUUUUCGUAUUAACCUCAGUGUAUAAAACAUCUGCAAUGGAUUCUGUUUUUAUACCUUUCUUUUUUCUCCAAGGAGUUUGGGUUACAUCUCAAUUUGCUUUUUGGGGGUUGAAACACUGAAAGUGAAAUUUCAUCAUUUAUUUUUAAUCUGUGUCUUCUUUUAUCCUAACAAAUAAAAAGGUUCCACUGUGUUUUUAAGGUCAUAUCAUUCAACUCAUUAAAAUCACAAACUGGCAAGCUUUCCUUUAGUAUUAUUUAUUUUACUUGCAAUAAGUGCCCUGAUGAUGUUGUUAUGUUAAAAUAAAUCUUAAAUUCUGUAUUAGUUAUCAGUCUUAAUAAUGCUAAAACAUGACUCUCUAGGGCCCAGGUCAGGGAGCAGACAGAAUGGUUUUACCAACUGUUUGUUUGCCGUCUCACAUUGCAGAAUGCACAGAAUACACUAAAUGUACAACAUCUAAUAAUCUCUUCUCCCAAACAUCAUAAAAUAGAGACUUUGUCUGUCCCCCCGAUUAGAAAACAUAAGAUAAUGCAUAAACCUCUUGAAAGUAAUUUAAUAAAUGUCAAACAAAUCAAAGAUGAAUAAAAUACAGAUUAUCAACAAUUACGACUCUGAUUGCUAAAUACAGUAUUAGAUAUCUCUCUAAUAAAAAACUUUUUGUUAACGAUAUGAUAACAGAUCAUAAAAUAGACAAGCUCUGUUUGACAGAAACAUGGCUAAAACCAGAUGAUUAUUUUACUUUAAAUUAAUCUGUCCCCAUAGAUUAUUAUUAUAAACACGAGCCUCAUCUAAAAGGCAGAGGGGGAGGUGUCGCUGCACUACACAAUACUCUCAGUACUCUACUCUCAGCUUUAAGAAUCUCCCAGAAGUCUAAUUUUAAAUACAAUUCUUUUGAAGUCAUGGUACUUCAUGGUAUCAACACCUAAUACUUAGUACAAAACUUUUUACAAAUGUAUUCUAGCUAUUGUAUAUGGGGCACCACACAGAUUUUAUUAAAGAAUUUGGUGGGUUCUUAUCAGAACUAGUACUGGCCGCAGAUAGAGUCCUUGUGGUUGGUGACUUUAACAUCCAUGUAGAUAACGAUACAGAUGCCGUAGAAAUGGCCUUCAAUGACUCUCUUGUAAUCUCGAUAGUAAUCUUUCAUUUGAGAGUCAUGUCGCCAACACUUGUAAAAUUGCGCUUUUCCAUUUUAAGAAUAUAUCUAUACUACGUCAUAUGCUGUCACUGUCAGAUUCAGAGAAGUUCAUUCAUGCAUUCAUGACAUCAACAAUAGACUACUUUAAUGCACUGUUAGGUGUUUGCCCUGCAGGCUUAUUACAAAAACUCCAACUGGUCCAAGAUGCGGCAGCUCGAGUUCUUACACGUACAAAACAGUAUGAGCAUAUUAGCCCGGUUCUUUCAACCUUCUAAUGGUUACCUAUAAAGCAUCGCAUCGCAUCUACAUGGUUUAGCUUAGCAGUAUUUGAGCGAACUUCUAUUGUAUUACAGUCCUCAACGUGCAUCACCCUCUCAGGCAUCCUGUCAGUUGGUAAUACCUAGAAUGUAAAAAUCAAGUGCAGGUGGUAGAUCCUUUUCCUAUCUAGCGCCUACACUUUGGAAUAGUCUUUCCUGCACUGUCAAGGAGGCAGACACACUGUCAGUUUAAAUCUAGACUAAAGACGCAUAUUUUAAAUAUUGCAUACACUACACUUCCAUAAUAUAAAUCCUCUGAGGGUUGCAUUAGUUAGAUCAAGCGGAACCAGGAACAAUCCCCUGGUUGGCCCCCUGUUUUUUUUUCUCGAUUGGAGUUUUUGGUUCUUUGUCACCGUUUGCAUGCUGUUUUGCAAUUUUUCCUGGCUGGGGGGGCUGCUUUAGAAUUUUUACAUAAUUAAUAUUGCUUAUAGAAAUGUAUAGUGCAUUUAUUGUUUGACCUGUGUUUCUCUCUCCUUUAUCUUAAAUGUGUGCUUUCACUGUGAGUGUGUGCGUGCGUGCGUGUGUGUGUCUAUGUCAAUGUUUUAUAAGUAUGUGUGCAUAUUGUGUGUGCGGAGCGUUUGGAUGUGGGUAUGUCUGUCUUCUGUGUUUUCAACCUUUUCCUUGUUUUUACUGGUAUAUGACUUUAGUUGUUUUGCUUAUAGUCAAUAUGUCUCAAGUACAGCUGCUUUGUAUCAAUGGAAAUUGUAAAAGACACUAUAUAAAUAAAGUUGAGUUAAGUUGAGUCUAGAAUCUUUGUUUUCACAGCAUCUGUAUAUUUGACCAAUGUCAAGCAGUAACUGUAUGAUGUUGAGAUUCAUAUUUUUACAUUGAGGACAAUCAAGAGUGUGCCAUCAAUUUUAUCAUGGUAAGCUCAGGGUCAAACAAUUUCCAUGAAAAGCUGAGCCAAGCAAUAAAAAAAAAUCAUAACAGUAAUAAAUGGUGGAAGAAAAAGAAAAAAACUCAAAAAUCCAGAUACCGACUUGAACCCCAGCACACUACACGACCGCCCCACACACUUAUCCAAGGACACUUAUAUACUGGCGACCCAUCACCGAUAAAUAAUUAUAGGGAAACAUAGUAAACACAUAAUGGCAAUUACGCAAAGACAACACAAAAUACCCCACACAUACUCAUAUACUUCUUUUUUAACAUAAUAUUUAAAUCCAUACUACCACCAAUAAAUCCCAAAUUAUUCAUACUUUAGAAAAGGAAAACAAAACAAUUCAAACAUCCCCAUGACAGGAACAAAAAUGGAGCUGGCUGCUUCUUCGGCCGGAAUGAUAAAUAUGGUAGGGGUUUCCUCCAGACCUCUUUUGGCAACGAGCCACUUCUGCAGCUCUCAGCAACACAAACGGUAAGAAAAUUGUAUUAAACAAUACAUUUAA